AUGCAUGGAAAAGGGAACAGAGAAAACGGAAAGCCUCGCCGUCUUUCUGGAAAUUUCGUUCACAAUUCAAAAGAAAACUGGCCUCGCGGCGAAACCAGAGACUACAGGAUUCGUGAUAGCAGAGCUCUUAAUGAACUGAAUUCCAAUCACACAGGUAUUAGCAAUUAUUUAAAAUAAAAUAAAAUAUCAGGAAAUAAGCACAUAAUUUUAAUUUUCAAUGCACACAUGUUCAAGGCGGCAGGUCUUAUUAUUUAGAAUUUUUUCUAAUGGUAAAAUAUAAAUUCCUGUACUUAUCGGGAUGUAACUGUGUAUGUUUUUUCAGGAGAUAAUUUUUAAACAAAUAAAAUAAAAAAUAAAUUGGAAAGAAUGUGAAAUUUUCUGAGUGAAGUUUUCAAGACAAGGAGUAAGAAUCCCAAUAGAUUAGGACAAUUCAGUAGUUUUGUCAAAAGUUUCUUAGUUCUGGUAUUUCUCAGUUCACGAAGGAGGGUCUUUUUUGUCGCAAGAGCAACGACGGAACAAGUAUUACGCGGUCACAUCUUCUACAGAUAAAACCAUGAAACCACAGGUUUUAUUUUUGCGCUUUAUUCGCAAAAAAUUUUAAUUGUUUAAAGGGUCCUCAGGAAGUUCUCUGCUCUGACAACGCAAGAAUGAAAAGGUUUGACGUUUUGCAAUUUUAUAUUCCAUAUCUUCAAAGAACGAAAAUAAUCAUACGUUUAUAUUUACAUAAAAAAAUUUUUCCCGGUUCAUGAAACGCCGGAAAAAAUAAUUUUGUCUUCCGACGGAAGUGUCUGAGGGCCCAUCACAGAUCUGCUCCAAAAUGUUGGGGUAUAUAUUUGGAGGUAUGAUUAUUCGAGAACAAAGUUAAAUAUCUUCUCAGCCAAGAGGUAUCAGGAAUAGGUGUUCAAAAAAUUGCUUGUUAUCCGACUUUUUCAUUCGAAAUCGACUGUCCUGAAUGUGAGAAACUUGAAAAAAACUUUUUUUUUGUACUCAAAUGAUUUUUCAGAUUACUUGUAACUGCGAAAACAAAAUUUUAGAGUAGAUCUGCAAUGUAUUAUCAGACACAUCCUUCGUAAGAAACUUUUUUUUAAAAUAUGAAUUCAGUCUAUAGUUGUUCUGUGAUGAAUAUUUAAAAGCUUUGUUUUACAUUUCUGAACUAUUUCUAUCUUACUGGGCGCGCCGUAGCGCAACAGGUUGUGUGCCUGUCUACGGUCCACAGGGUCACAAGUUCGAUCCCCGCCCCGACCCAACCAAGGGGUUUAAGAAAUGUUGGUGGUGGGAAACCAGGACUUCAAAAUCCCCAGCCGUCACACAUAAGGACGGAUAUGUCACUCGAGCCAGUCCACUGAUUAUCAGGAUAGGACCUCGGCUAAUCGACUUGGGGCGCCGACGCCGCUCAAGCGGUACAAAGGCGUAGAAAGAAGAAGAAGAAGAACUAUUUCUAUCUUACUGUUUUUAAACCAAAAUUUUCAGUGGAAGAACCUGCUUCAAGAGACCUCAUCGAAUUUACAAUGAAUGUAAUUGCAAAAUUAUUGUUUGCCUUAAUUUUUGCUUUUCAGCUAACAGAAAGCUUUGAUAUUGAAGAAAUGCUGGAAUCGCGAAACCACGACAAAGUAACGUGCGGAUUUCUAACCGCCGUGAAUCCUACUUAUCGCAUUCUACGUGGUUCUUUCUCUUUUUGGUAUAUAACUUUUCCAAAAGUGGUAUGCAGGGUUCGAUCUGCCAAAUUCAUCGACUAAGGAAAAAAUGUUGGAUUAUUUGCGGAAAUUGGAAUGCAGUGCUCUGAAAUUAACUUGGCCGUUUGUCAGCGGCUCUUUCGAGAACAUCAUCUGUGAAAAACUUUUCAAGGUUUCAGACUGACUCGAUACUGAUGAAUUCAGGAUUUCACGACUUCUUCUGCUUUGAAAAUUUUUAAUAUCAAACGCCUUGGUGUUUUAAUUCUUUAGUACAUUUCAUUUUACAGAACUUUUAAAAUUUCUUGAUAGGGCGUUUGAAAUGGUAGAUGACCUGAAUGACCAAAAUAAGUCUGAAAAAAGCUCUUAGUGCUGCGAACUUAUCUCUUCUCCUUUGAAAAUCCCUCUAAAAACUUUCCAAAAAAUCACUUUCCAGGAUUUUUGCGACAUCAUCAGUUCGUGUUUCGCUGUUAAAUGCGCUAAGAAAGGAUGUUUUUCAAAGACCAACAGCUCCGCUGAAUGUUUUCUCUACAGUGUUCUCAUGGUAGCGUCUUUUUUACUGCCUGAAAGUAUAUUUUCUUCAGAGAAUUGACCCUUCGAAGGAGCUGGUUUUCUUUAGAGACCUCCUCCUUAACUGCAUUAAUGAGGCUGAGCCAUUUUGGUUCAAAUUCAGAGAACAGGAAAAGGAGAAGUGUCCUCAUGAGCAGUGCCGGCGGAUUCUCGUCGACGCCGUCGAGGCGCUCGAAUCCGGUGACGAAGCUCUCAUGUUCAAGGUUAAACUGAAAAUUAUUAUUCUUUGGAGUAAAAAAGUGAUGUGGAAAACUUAGUCAAAGUUUAAUUAUUUGGUAUUUGAUUCAAAGUUUCAAUUUAUCUAUCUGCCUCCAAAAAGCCCUUUAAGCACCAAAUAAUGAACUUUCUGCGUUCCUUGGCUGACCGUCGCAAUUUCGGCUACAAUGUUUCCGCUUCUGACGUCGAAAAGGUUUCUUUUUUUCUGCCAGAGCGAUAUAAAUCGGUGUAUUCUGUCAGAUGCUGUUGGAAAAUAUGAAGUUGUCGGGAUUUGGAGAUUUUCUGGUGACUGCCCGAGAAGCUGUCGAUCUGUUCUCCACAAAACGACAUUUAGACUUGUUAGUGAGAAUUUUUUUAAUUUAUUGCUUUUUGAAGGGUUUUUGCUGAGUUGCCUCGCGUUGCCGGUGUGACGGACAUGCGCGUGAAGCAAAUGAUCAAGAAGGUUUUUUUGGAGCUCGUUUCAAAAAAAAAAACAAUGAAUAGGUUUAAUCACAAUUUCAUCAAAGUAUUUAAGUAUUUUUUUUUUCUCGGUGAAUGUCCCAGAAAGAUAUGAAAGCAAAAAAAAAUGUUACAUUCUGCCACUAGUUUUCAAAGACAAUUUAGCUUAUGUCUCAUGGUUUUUUUUGAAGAUGAUCGUGUGCACUUUGAAACGCCUGAGUGGUGAUGAUAAAGAGGAAGUCGUACAGCAACACUUGGGCAAACAGAUAAUUGGAAAUCACAUUUGUUCUGAUUUCGCGAGAUUCGCCAGCGCCGGCAACACCGACAUGUCAUUUUUUUGUGCGGCUCUCGAUCUUGAGUUCCAUCCGGAGGUUAGAAAUUCGAGCGAACAAAUUUUCAUUUUUUUUACGGUCUUUUUUUUAAGAUGCAAUUUGAAGAGGAGGAUAUGGAACACGUUAUAUUAUAUUAUUACCUGUUGUUCCCGAUGCGGGACGUGAACGCUAGAAUGUUUGAAUUUUUCGCCAACAACGACCUCAGACAAUCUCAGCGAAUCCUCGCCGCCAAGGUUUCAUUCAUAAGACUGUUGGAAGCAUACUCAAUAUCAUAAAAACAAAAUUCAGGCCAUGAAAAACCUACCCAACGGUUUGAAAAGUCGAUUGGAACGGAAGACUUUCGAAACUAGAAAAGUUGAGACCGCUACUGAAAAUGUGCUUUUUCAUAUAUUUAAAAACUUUUUUUCAUCAACCUUUUUCAAAUUUUUAUUCAGGUGGAAUGCUCUUUUUAUGAGACUAUGAGGCAAAAAAUGUUUGAAGAUCGGGAUUUUGCUGCUAAUUUUUCUCGUUCUACUGAGGGUGUGUUUUGGAAUUCAUAUUUCUUAUUUAAACGAUUUUGCAUUUUUCAAUUUGAAAGAAUCUCAUCAAAAAAAGUUGAUGGAGGAAAGCUCGUAUAUGAUAAGUUAAAAACGGAAAUAUAGUUUAUUUUUUUCCGUGAACUUCAUUCCAUUUUUCCUCAUGGUGGAAAAAUUAGUGAAAGAAGUCUUAUAUGAUAAGAAUGACAAGUAAACUUUUUUUGGAAGAACUUUUGAUAAUUUUUUUCUUACAUUUCUGGCUCUACUUUAAAAAAAAACGCCUCAUUUGAAAAAAGUCCCAAUCAAAGACAUUGCAUAUUCGAGGUUUAGGGAAAUUUUCGAAGAUAGGAAACUGGCCGACUUUCUUUUCCUAUCCCAUGGAACCUUUCAUAUUUGAAUUUUUCAGUGUGUUUCUGGUAAAAGAUUGGAUGAGAAAUCUUGAUUGCAGUGAUGUUUCGAGCCGAGUUGAUCGACUUGAACACGGCGCUGAGUGUUCUGACGCGAGAAGUCGAACAGGCCGGUCCCGGAAGAUCCGUCGCCGCCAACGCCAUCCACUGUCUUCUCGGUCGAAAUUUCUUCCAGAUCUUCCUUGCUAACCACAGUUAGUCUUUAGACGAUUGAUUGAAUAUUGCUUUUGAAGAAUAUUUACCGAUCAAGAAUAUGUUUCUUCUUGUAUAUUCAAUUAUAAAAUUUGUCUAUUUGAGGCUCUACGAUUCUGGAUCUUUUGAAAACUGGUCUGUGGCAAUAUGAACCACCCGUCGAUUGCUUGAAAAGCAAUAAAUACAACUUCAUCGGUCGACUUUGAUGCUGUAGUCUGGGAAAACUGUUUAAUUGUAGAAAAACUUCUCCGGAAACUGGACGAGGAAGUGUGUAAGAGAAAUAUUGCACUCGACUACGAAGCAACGAACAAAAUUUUCAAUGUACGUUGAAGAUAUGAGGAAAAUGAAUGCAAUAUCAUUUUCAGGAGUGGGAACAACAACCCGUUGCGAAAAUGUACAUUUUGAUGGCCUUUUUGAGUAAAUCUUUACUGCACAGAAUCGGUUUUUUCCAGCACCUGAGGUCGUGGCGAUAUCACACAUUUUUCAGAUUUGGUUAUGCCUUGGGGAAAGGGGAGAUCGAACCUGGACGGAAAGACCGGCGAGCCAAAAUAUGAACUCAUCGUUGACAUGUUGGCAGUGUGGCCAAACGAGGAGAAUUCCAGUGUCCUGGAAGAAGCCAUAGAGAGUCGGACUUUUUUAUGGAAAAGAAAUGGUUAAAUAAGCAAUGAAACUAAGUGUCGAAACUCGGAGAUGUUCCCAUGAAGAAAAAAAAAGUUCAGAGCUUUUGUCUAGUUAUCAUUUCGAAUCAUCAAAUUUACAAUUAAAUACAAUUAAAAUCGCUUGCAGAAACGAUAAUCCCAAACUUUUAAAUCAUCUCUGAUUCCAAUUAGCUGUCGAUUAAAAAAUCGUGUCUACAUAGGGUAGAGAGUAAUAGAAAAUCAAGUUUACAAGAAACUUUGUUCCAACUUCCAUUACGGAUUGAUCAUCAGUUUCAUAGUCUUGUUUUCUCGUAGGAUCUCUUUUUCUAAUAUUUCUCUUUGAAGAGUUGAAACUUUGCAGUGUGGGUUCCCAAGUCGGUAGAUCGAAAGUCGCUUAUCAAAGAGAUGCGUAAUCUUCUACAGGACAUGCCCUACUCCGAAGCACUCCGAAAAGUUGGUUACCACUUUUUGCUAGUUCUGGGGCAUAAAUGGGAAGUUCGAAAAAAAAAAAUCAAAUAAUAUGUUCUGCUGCCAGUACCUGUAAUUAUCAAAACUCGUUUAUUUUUCUAAUUUUAAUCAGUACGGGAAUUAUUUGGCUGGUCAAAUAAAACUUCAGCUUUGAGCUUUGUUUUUGCGAACUUGCUUCGCUUGUUUUUUCUUUUAAUCAAAAUGUUCCAGCAAGUCGAAGAGCUCGUUGAUGAUUUGACUGAAGUAUAUGACCGUCGAAAUGGAGAAAACGAAAAAGUUUGUAUUUCUUCUGAACCUUCGAAUCUUCCAGAAACCUCCGAUGAGAAUGAGGUAUUUUUUAAAAUUUCAAUCUUCCUCAUCGAAAUUUUUUCAAAGACCGGAACUGUCGAGAAAAAUAAGCAGGUCGAAAAGGAAACGCACGUUGGUUCGACAGUUUCUCAGUUUCUGGUGCGGUUUCCUUAGAAAUUGAUCAUUCUUAUGAAUUGAAACCAGGAAGACGUUGGAAUUCGUCAUAAUACUUCUGUCAUGCCGAGCGAUGCUGACGUUUCCACGAGUCCUCCGUCGGAGAAAAACGAAAAUAACAUUGGAGAAUCGGUAUUUCUUGAAUCAACCAAGCCGUUUUCUUCAUUAUUUGUAAACAAAAUAGUUUGAUGUUUUGAAAUCUCUACUCUUCAAACAAAAAGCUCAGUUUUAGACAGGUAAGCCAAAGAAAUCAUCAAAAUUUUUUCGUUUUCUUAUAUUAUUGAAAUUUCAUGAAAAACUCGAACGUCACGUUAUCACUACAGACGCCGAAGGAAAGCGUCUCUUCCAUUUUUUUGUUUUGGUCCUUUUAUUCUAAUCACACAAUCCAUUCACAAGAACCUUUUAAAGAAAUGAAAUAAAAAAUAUUCGAGAUAUCUUAGAAAAUCAAUAAAAGAAGAGUUAUAUCUUUUUUUAUUAUGGUAUGAUGGAAUGAAACAAACUAGAUGUGCAAAAAUUAAUAUUUUAUAGAUCUUGGAUAUCCUUCUUUCUAAAUCUCUUGCUGAAGAACAAAGAUCGAAAGACGAAAAGAAGGAAGAUUUUCCGACGAAGAAUGGAGCAGACGAUGUUAAAGUGAGCGUAUUUAAGCAUUUUAAAACAAAUUCGUAAGAAGUUGAUUUACGAUAAAACUGAAAUAUCGAUCAAGUCACGUCGAUGAUGUCAUGAUAUAUAUUUGACAGGAGGAUGUGGAGACUGGAGACGACUGCCCCGGCGGAGUAACCGAGGAAGAGCCGAAACAAAGGGACAUCAUAGAGAGCGAAUCAGGAGGGACAGCUCCCGAAUUCGCGGUGAUUCUCAAUUAAUACACAAAUAACCCACUCAUUCAUCGAAAAAUUUUGAAGAACUUGUGAAAUUCAGAAUCAUCGUGAAGAAGACCCCGAACAAAGUAUCAAAUCAGAGAACGAAACCGAAAAAUCAGAGGUACUUUUCUAAUUUGAGUUCAUAAGUAGUCCAAAACUUUCAUUUAAAAGUCAUUUGAAGAGAUUUUUUGAAAAUUCAGAAUCUUCUAGAAGCAGAUCCCGAACGAAGUUUCCACACAAUCCACAAACCCGAUGGGAAAAAUCGCAAAUCAGAGGUACCUGAUAUCAUAAGAAGAACGCGAAGGAAAUCUAUUAACAUUGUAAUUCAGAAUCGUUCUUCUAAGUAUGACCAGUUGCCAGCCCACAACAAGAGUCGUAGCAAGAGUAAGAAGAAAAGACAUUGA